AGCUGAGACACUUCCUCGUCCUUUUUUACUCUCAUCACGGACCUGCAGAGAAGAUCAACGGCUCACAAACAAGACUGACCUCACAUUUUACACACUCACUUCACAUUGUCUUUUAUCACUAUUAAAGUAGUUGACAAAGUGUGUGACAUUAAGAAGAACUGUUGGAAUUUAAAAGUCUGACUGAUUUUAGGUCUUGAGCGGUUCUUCCUCCUUAUUGUGUGAUGCCUCGUUCUUUCUUGGUAAAGCGAGGAGGGCUUCACUACCUUGUAAAAAAGACGGGGGCCUGGGACACACCCCUGGUGUUCUCCAAACCAGGAAGUCCCGAUGGUAGCACAGUGCCCAUCGCUUUACUGCAGCAGCCUGCAGACAGCCACUCUAAAGGAAGUGACCUUCAGCCAUUCAGCCCCAUAACUUAUGACCGUAGAUCUGCUCAGUCCUGCAGUCCUUUUAGUCCUGUGGAGAAAGUCGAGUCUUGCCCUCACGCACCAGCGGUCUGGUCCAGGCCUCAUGUACGCUCAGGAUAUCCAGACAAACUGUCUGUGGGACUGGGAUAUUUGACCCAGCACCCUCACAUCCUGAGGGAGACCAGGAGCAGCGGGUGCAUAAAGAUCAGUGCCGGGAGACAAGAGUGUCCAAUCUGUAGCAAAAUAUUUUCAUGUCUGUCAAGUUUGAAGACUCACAUAUGCAAGAGUCAUGGCAGCAGCUCACCAGCACACAUCAAGUCCAGCAAGGAGAGGACGUUUGGCUGUACAGUGUGUGGGAAAGUGUUCAAGCGCUCCUCCACCCUCUCCACUCACCUCCUCAUACAUUCAGACAUCCGGCCGUACCCCUGCCAGUACUGCGGCAAAAGGUUCCACCAGAAGUCCGACAUGAAGAAACACACCUUCAUACACACUGGUGAGAAGCCCCAUGUGUGUCAGAUAUGUGGGAAGGCCUUCAGCCAGAGCUCCAACCUCAUCACCCACAGCCGUAAACACAGGGACGAGCGGCCCUACCACUGUCCUCGCUGCCUCCACGGCUUCCAGCACAAAGUGGACCUCCGGCAGCACCAGGAGCACCACUGCAACUACCGCUGACCCUGACCCAUCCUUUUUACGAAACCAGCGGCAUUACAUUCAGGACAGAAAACUCUUUUCCAGAAAAACCAAGUACUCUGAGUUUCUCUCAUAUUAAAUACAGUGUUUACUUUUGAAUUAUGUUUAUUUAGUUUUGACAAAUAACACAGCAGGGUUUUCAUUCAUCAUUUACUUCAUUUUUUCUUGUGAUGAACAGCUUUUAAAAAGGCUUUAAUAGUC